GUAUUUUUAUUCAUACUGAUGGUUUUGCUAUGUCACUGGAAUGGCUGUAUUCAGUACUUCAUUCCAAUGCUACAAGGAUUUCCAUCAGACUGCUGGACUGUAAAAGAGAACGUUGUGAAUGGUACAUUUGCGGAAAAAUACUUAUUUAGCAUGUUUCGAGCUGUAUCUCACAUGGUCAAGAUUUCCUAUGGAUCCAAUGACCCACCCACAGAUGAGCUGGAGAUGUGGGUUGUCAUGACUAGUAUGUUGUCUGGAAUUGUUAUGCAUAUUAUGAUAUUUUCCAGUGUGCUAACAAUGAUGAUUGACACCGAUGGAUCAGAAACCACUUUCAAGAAAAAGAUGAAACAUAUAGAAGACUACAUGACCUAUAAAAGGCUUCCUAGAGAACUGCGCACUCGUAUCAGGGAAUAUUACCGGGCACGCUACAAAGGAAGAUGGGUCCAUGAGAAUUCCCUCAGUUUGGUGUCAAAAUCUUUGAAAGAGGAAACUCUGACAGUGUUAUGUGCACACUUGCUGAAGAAUGUGCCCAUGUUUCAGAAGUGUGAUACAAAUUUAAUCAGUGCCAUUGUUUUAAAACUGCAACAUGAAGUGUUCCUAGAGGGAGACAUCGUCAUUCGCCAAAAUGCUCCUGGUGAUCGUAUGUUCUUCAUUGAGCAUGGACAGGUCAUUGUGGAGACACAAUCUUUUCAGAAGGAGCUGCAUGAUGGGGACUAUUUUGGAGAGGUUGCCAUCCUGACCAGAGGAAAGCAACUAGCCACAGUUCGCGCUCUGUCGACCUGCCGCCUGUUCUCCUUAUCAGCAGACGACUUUCAUCAGGUCCUGCAGGAGUUCCAUCAUACCGUGAUGGACAUGGAGAGUCUAGCUCAACAGCACUACGAGGAUUUGAAGAAUCUGCAGCAGGCCCGGCUCACCACUCGCAGCACAAAGCAGAAGGUGCAGCUCCUGGGAGCCCUGCUUGAGUGUGUUUCAGCCCGCUGCCCUGCAUUCGAAGAGGACUAUGAACAGGAUGCUCAUGAGUUCCUGAUGCUCUGCUUACUGCAGCUGAAAGAGGAGGGAGAGAGACUCAGGGCCUCUUUCUUCUCUUACAUCUGCCCUGUGGCAAACUUUGAGUUUCAUAUCAAGUCUGUGCUCACGUGCACCAGGUAA